CUGGAGUUUCUGGUGUGUGUUGUUUGUAAUGUAAAGCAUGGCUGGGGUAACCGAGAAGAAAACAGCUCUGGAGAUGGUGCAAGCUGAUGUAGCUGAUGAGGGCUGUGUGACAUUUGUAUUGCAUGAUGAAGACCACACACUUGGCAACUCCCUCAGAUAUAUGGUCAUGAAGAACCCAGAUGUGGAAUUUUGUGGAUACAACAUCACCCAUCCAUCUGAGAGCAAGAUCAACUUCCGCAUUCAGACACAAGGAGGACUGCCAGCUACAGAACCACUGCGGAAAGGCCUGACUGAACUCCAUGAUGUUUGCCAACAUGUUCUCAAUACAUUUCAGGCGCAAGUGGACGAGUUUAAAGAGAGGAGCGAGGAGCCCGCGGAGUGAAGAGUAUUGCAUAAAUCUGGAGGAGUAAUAGCCGGUACUCCUCUCUCAUUCUGUGUUUAUCUCUCUCACAAACACCAUUGCACGCAGCCAGAGUUAUUGCAGCGAUUAUCUUUGAUAUUUUUUUCCCCCAAGUGUUCUGUAUCGUUCUUUUCCCUUUCUUCCCUUUCAUCUGUGAAUUGAUGUACAUUGUAAGAUAAAUGUGCCUCAACAGUCCGUCAGAUCAUUCUCCUGGAACACAGGAAUGAUUAGAAGAAAAGAAGAAAUUGCUUUCCAAGAACCAAGAGAGAGAUUUAUUUUUUAAUUUUUAUUUUUUUCUGUGGGAAGGGUUCGGCUUAUACAUUUUGAAGCUUGUCCAUUCGAUUGCCGUAAUCAUGUCGAUAUUUUCACCAUUACUCAUGAAUACAGUGUUACGAAAGCUGACCAAACCUGAAGUGAUGCCGGGUCCGAAAGACCUUAAUGGCUUUCAUCUGUCUUUUUGAAGUGGUUGUUUGAUGAGCGAUGGCAGGGGUUCAAACUAGAACGUCGCUAUUAGCGGAGGAAUGUGGCGCUGAAGUGCUUCAUAUGGUGUCAGGAGGAAAAAGUGGUUCAGCAAAGGGAGAGUGAAGUGUAAAUGAGGAGGAGGAGGAGGAGGAGGCGGGGGGGGUGUUUGAGUUUAAUCAUAUCCCUCUGUCAGUCACAUUAGAAACCAACUUAGACGUGCUCACAUGUAGCUGGCAUUUUGGAAAUGGAUCUUUAAUUUGCAGGAAGGAGAAAAAAAACAAAACCCUGUGACUCCAGAAAGUCUGCAUUGUGGGCCUGUCACAUCCGAUCGCAGACUGAAUAUAAAGAACGAGGUGCUAGCUGGUGACAACCCACCUCAACGAUUUAUGAUGUCAUUUACGUAUGUGCGUCGUAUUUCAGUUUUAGAAUUUUAAGCAGAAAUGUGAUCUAUUCAUCAAGUUAAACACAUCACUGGAAGGCAGUGAUGGGUCAUAUAGCGAGGUCUCUACUGCCCUGUUAUGGAUCAAUUGGAGAAAAAAAGGGUGCCCUGACCUUUCCUGGUUCUCACCGUGCUGUCUCACUUUUUUAAGUGUUUGUGGAGCCGCUCUCAUGUCGUUAGUAAGUGACUUGGUAAUGAAGAGCUGAGCAGGAAGGAACACAAACUGCCGCUUUCUUAAAAUGAUUUAUGUUUCCGUCGGUUUUAAAGCAUGAGUUUUGUAGUUCCCCAUGUGGCAAUAAGUCAACCCCUCUUGCAAAACACUGAUGUCAACAAAAGUCCAACGAUCAAGCAUAGCGUAGACCAACUCCUUUUUCAAGGAGUUUCAUUAGAUUACAUUACUAUCAUUUAGCCGACACUUUUAUCCAAAGCGACUUACUGUUUCUUUCCUUGUCAUUGUUCUUUGCUUCAGUUGUUGUUUUCAGUAUUUUAUUGCUGUCACCAUUCUUUUUCUAAUGGGACACCAUUGUUAUUGCUUUUAUUAUCUGGGUUUUUCUUUUCCGCUUGUUUUCGGUAUUUUUAUUGCUUUAAUUCCUUUGCUUACAUACAUACACACACACACACACACACACACACACACACACACACACACACACACACACACACAGACACACACAU